AUGGAAGUCAAACAAGAAGUCAAUGAAAAUGAAUACACAUGUAAAGAAGAAAUAGACAAUGAGGGAGGUGCUUUUUUUGAUACCCUUAAAGUUGAGAUUAACGAUGAGCCCAAGAGGGAAGCUACAAAUGAUGCAUUUGAUUAUUUAGUAUUAAAGGAGAGCUCUAUAAAGACAGAAAAAGAACCAUAUGAAGAUAAAUUCAUACCAUUUGAAGAAAAAGAAACAGGUGAUAAAAGUAAGUAG